AUGUCGUGGCUUAGCCCGAAGCGCCGGCGUACGACGAGCAAUUUGAAGACUGUCCGCCAGGGUCAGGGCGAUGUGAAUGUCAUUUCGGAGGAGAGGCAGGAUGAGGCUUCUGUUGCUGUGAAUCAUGAUCAGGCUGUUGGACGGCCGGUUUUGAGUCCGAGGGCGGCGACGCAUUUUGCUGGCACGUCUUCUGGUCAAAGACCUGGGUUGGUGGGCGUCAACCGUGGUACGUUGGUUCUGUCGCAGGAGAAAGGGAGGAAAGAGGUGGCUGGAGUGAGAAAGGAAAGGGGAGACAGUGUGAUUGAUGUUGGUGGGAUUGGAUUGGAAGUGGAGGGAAGAAGAGGUGUCGGAGCAGUUGAAAGUCCGCUGGACGAACGGUCUGCGAAUACCCAGGACAUCUCGAACCAGCUCGCACACAUGAACGACGUCUUGACACGACACACCCACCACAUGGAAGACAUGGCUCGAGCCCAAGCCGAGAGCGAGCAGCGUAUACGCACGAUGCUGGAAAGCGCUUCUCCGCGGAGAAGUUCUGCUGGGUUCCUGGAUCUUUCGCAUCUUUGGACGUAUCUGGAUCGAAUACAAGGGACUGUCGAGCAACUGGUGGAGGAGCAUCGGGAGUUGAAGAAGAGCAAGAAAAAUCUUCCCGAAACGACCCCGGCUGGAUCUGUGGUGGACCUGUCACCGGUGACUGAGAGGCUGGAUAGUCUUCAAUCGGCGGUGGAGGAUAAUUGUGCGGUUGUUAGGACGUGGUUGGAAGAGAGAACAUCCGAGCAAGAAGAAGUCGUGCCAGCUUCGAUGGAAGUCCGUCAAGCCAUUGAACACAACGCUCGUGAACCAGGACUGGCCGUCAUUGAGGCCGUUCGAGCCGCGAUUCAAGAUAUGGUGCCAGAGCUGUCCAGCGUUCGAGAUUCCACCGUCGAGAACACCAAAGAGUUGAAAUCAGUGCUUGGGAUGCACGAAGAGCUUGGUAAUCGGUAUAGAUCAGUCGAUCUUACACCACUCACCAAUCGACUGGCCAGUAUACAUAACACUCUGCUUGAAAGACCGGUUUCAAAAGAUUUGAAAUCAGACCUUCGCAGUGUUGCUGCGAGCCUUAAAGAGAUCCAUACCUUGGCCGGCCAGAAUGCCACAGCCAUACAAGCUCUCGCGGCCCAGCAGAACACGACUCAGCUGUCCCUUCGCCAACUCUCCUCGCAGACUCGCUCGCUGGCAGACACCUCUCAGCAAGGCAACGCGGAUCGAGACUCUAGGCUCGACACCAUGAAGGAUCAGCUGCGAGAAGUUGUGGCAGGCCAGACGGAGAUGUGCGAGUUGAUGAGGAGCUGGAUGGAGGAUAUGCAAACUUCGAAAAGUGCCAGCUGUGGACAUGUGAUCAGUCCGCCGCCGAGAAAGGUCGGGAGGAAGAUUGUGGGUUUUGUGUAUGAUCGUUGA